CAAAUUCUAUCAGCGACAUUAUUUCACACCCAGGGUUGGCUAAAUAUUAUAGAAUUAAUGCACGUAAGCCUUUAGUUUAACUAUUGAUUUUUUAUUUCGAAACAUGCCGUGACGUUCAACACAACUGUGUUGAAUAAGGUUAUCCCAAAGUGAAGACGUUUUUGAAAGUGGGUGAAAGGUCGGGGCUGUGUGUGUGUGUCAGAACGCCAGAGAAGUACGGACAGACACACUGACCUUUGGCGGUACCGUGAAGUGGAAGCAGCGUUAUGUCUCUAAUCAGAGGUGUGUUUAUCGUGGCCGCCAAGCGCACGCCGUUCGGCACGUACGGCGGCGUGCUGAAGGACCACAGCGCCACUGACCUGGCGGAGCAUGCUGCCAGGGCUGCUCUGGCAGCGGGUAACGUGGCACCUGAGCUGGUCAACAGUGUGGUCAUGGGCAACGUCAUGCAGAGCUCUGCAGACGCACCCUACCUGGCGCGGCACGUUGGUCUCAGGUGUGGGGUGCCCAUCCCUGUCCCCGCACUCACCGUCAACCGUCUGUGUGGCUCCGGGUUCCAGUCCAUCAUCAACGGCGCUCAGGAGAUCUGCCUGAAGGAGUCGGAGGUGGUUCUGUGCGGCGGCUCGGAGAGCAUGAGCCAGGCCCCCUACGCCGUGCGCAACAUCCGCUUUGGCACCCGGCUCGGAGCGGACCUGAAGCUAGAGGACACCCUGUGGGCGGGGCUUACUGACCUGCAUGUGAAGAUCCCUAUGGGCAUCACCGCAGAGAACCUGGCAGAGAAGUACGAGCUGAGCAGGGAGGAGUGUGAUGCGUACGCGUACGGGACACAGCAGCGCUGGAAAGCAGCGCAGGAGGGCGGCCAUUUCACGGCGGAGAUCGCGCCCGUCGACGUGAAGGCGAAGAAGGGCAAGGUGCCCAUGACUCAGGACGAGCACCCGCGCCCCCAGACCACCCUGGAGCAGAUGGCCAAGCUGCCGCCCGUCUUCAAGAAGGGGGGCACCGUGACGGCUGCCAACGCCUCGGGCGUGUCCGACGGGGCUGCAGCCUUGGUGAUAGCCAGUGAGGACGCGGUGAAGCAGCAUAAUCUCACCCCAUUGGCCAGGAUCGUGGCCUAUCACGUGUCCGGCUGUGAUCCCAGCAUCAUGGGGAUUGGACCUGUGCCAGCCAUUACUGAAGCCCUGAAAAAGGCAGGACUGUCUCUAAAGGACAUGGACCUGGUGGAGGUGAAUGAGGCCUUUGCCCCACAGUACCUGUCCGUUGCCAAGGCGUUGGGCCUGGACCCCGAAAAGACCAAUGUGAACGGGGGUGCCAUCGCCCUGGGACACCCGCUGGGGGCGUCUGGCGCCCGCAUCACUGCCCACCUGGCACAUGAACUCGGGCGCCGUGGCGGGAAGUACGCGGUGGGCUCGGCCUGCAUCGGGGGGGGCCAGGGCAUCGCCAUCGUCCUGGAGAACGCGCACUGAGGGGCCUGUCCUACCCACAUACUCCACCCUACAGCAGCACUAUCAGGGGGCCUGUCCCACCCACAUACUCCACCCUACAGCAGCACUAUCAGGGGCCUGUCCAGCCUCUCCAGACUAACUACUGAGCCAAACAGCGCCUCCGUGUGACUAACAACAAGCAUUACACCCGAGACAGACAGCAAGGGCCGUUGAUCAAAAAAGAAACCGCAGUUAGCAGAAGGCUGAAGUUUUUCCUUUUUUUUAAUUUAAAAUUUUUUUUUUUUUUUUUUACAGGUUUAUGUUAGAAAGCCAAGAAUGAGUGUCUGUUUUAAAGCCAUGCAGUCUGUUUAAUGUUGCCUUAAAGAUGUGCUCCUAAAGGGCUAAUGCUGUGAGUGCUUUUAUGUGCGUCAUACGGCUCUAUAGUGUGAAUGGACCUCAGGGCGAAACUCUGAGUUUUUCAGAACACUGUGGCAGGGUUUCUUUCUUCCCCACACUGUGCUCUCGUGCAUGUACAUGGACACACACACACACACACACACACGACUGGCGCCAUUAUGUUAAAUGAGACAUCAUUGCACAUCAGAGACAUCGUCUGUGAAGAGAAAAAGUAACUUUCCUUUUGUCUUUUUUUGUCAUUCAUAUUCUCUCCAUCCCAGAGUCAGUAACCUGGUCACACGCGCACACACACACACACACAUUGAGUCCUCUCUAAUGGCUGAAUUUUUUCCAUUGUUUGGUUGUUAAAAUGACUCGUUUGUUAAUAAAAUCUAAAUAAUAAAAAAAUC